AGAGGGGCGGGAGAGCAGCCGUUGUUCACUGUAUUUACCUAAAGUGGCGGCGUAGUGCAGUUAGGUAGCCGCUAACUGCUUGCAUCUAUACUUAGAAUAAAUUGCAUUGUAGUGUUGUUAUUUGUGUUUUAAAAGUAGCGUUAGCAACAUUAGUAAAACUCAAUUGUUACAUUAGUAGCUGGAAUACUUGCUAGCUAGCGUUAGCCAAGUAACUAACUACAACCGCUGGCACGUUUAUCGCCAUUUUGCGCAUUCAACAGUCCAAGACUUUCGCCAGCAGUAAGGUGGUGGAUCUUGCAGAAUGGCAGAGGCAGACCGACCAGGGAAGCUCUUCAUCGGGGGACUGAACACGGAGACCACCGAGAAGGCCCUGGAGCAGUACUUCAGCAAAUAUGGCAGGAUUGUAGAAGUCCUCUUGAUGAAGGACCGCGAAACAAACAAAUCAAGAGGAUUUGCGUUUGUUACUUUUGAAAGUCCAGCUGAUGCAAAGGAUGCAGCGCGUGAGAUGAAUGGAAAGUCUCUUGAUGGCAAACCUAUCAAAGUGGAGCAAGCUACAAAGCCUCAGUUUGAGAGUGGUGGCAGACGAGGACCUCCACCCAUGCACUCUCGCAGUCGGGGUCCACCUAGAGGCCCCCGUGGUUCUAGGGGAGGCCCUGGUGGUAUGAGGGGCCCGCCAUCCAGAGACUAUUAUGAUAAUUCAGGGAGUGGAGAAACCUUCUUCAAAGGGAUGUCAUCCAGAGGCCCCCCUCCGAUGAAGAGAGGACCCCCGGUACGUAAUGGAGGCCCCCCACCCAAGAGGUCUGCCCCAUCUGGUCCCAUGAGCAGACGUAAGUCACCCAUGUCAAGGGACAGGGAUCCCUAUGGUCCGCCCCCUCCUCGCAGAGACUCCAUGAUGUCCAGGAGGGAUGAUUAUCCAUCACCAAGAGAUGAUCAUUACAACUCAAAAGACAGCUACUCCAGUCGGGAUUAUAAUUCCAGAGAUUCAAGGGACUAUGGUCCUCCUCCCAGAGAUUACUCAUACAGAGAGUACUCCAAUUCCAGUUCCAGAGAUGACUACGGCUCAAUGUCAAGAGGAUACAGUGAUCGCGAUGGUUAUGGGGGAGGCCGGGAACCUAGAAGCUAUAUGGACCGUCCGAGUGGUGGCUCCUACCGAGAUUCAUAUGAUGGUUAUGGUAACUCUCGCAGCGCCCCACCCUCACGGGGCCCCCCACCAUCCUAUGGUGGAAGCAGUGGAAGCAGUCGUUACGAUGACUAUGGCAGCAGUUCCCGGGAUGGCUAUGGCAGUCGUGACAGUUACCCCAGCAGUCGGAGUGACCCAUAUCCACCUAGCCGUGGUGAGCGAAUGGGCAGGCAGGAGAGGGGCCCAGCUCCCCCUGUUGAGAGAGGCUACCCUCCUCGUGAUUCGUACAGCAGCUCAAGUCGUGGAGGGCCACGUGGUGGCCGUGGUGGCAAUCGAGCCGAUAGAGGAAUGGCACGCAGCAGAUACUGAACUGGACUUGGAAAUCACAUUCAAGCAAACGUUAGUCUCCGUGCACACAACACGUGUUUUGGAAGAAAUCUGACGACAAGACAAUUUAGCCAUGUCUAAAUCUGUGGAAUAUGAAGCUUAGCUUUGAAUUGUAUCUUGACUUUCCCAGUUUUUUUAUGUGUAAAAGUUUUUUUGUUUUUUGUUUUUUUUAGUAUUUCUCUUGCUCAUGUAACAGUACAGUUACCAAGUGAGUGUUAGUUUUUGUACAUUCAGUGCUGUUGGAAUCUGCAAUGCCCUAUAAGUCUGGCUUUCCUACUCUAAUAAAGCUUUUAGUUGUACUUGACCACUGCUCAUCGAUUUUCCAAACAAGAUCAGCGACAGUAAGAUGAAUGUUAAGUAACAACAUGAUCUCCUUUACAAAGCUGUCUGUAAAACUUGGGUGAAUCUCUGCUCGUGCUAUAUAAAUAGCCGAGUGACUUGAGUUCAUUCUUGUGUUAAGAAUGAAGAAUGUACUUCGAACUGGACGCUACUGUUUUGAAGGGUCAGGCAAAUGUUACUGUCAAAAUGUUCCAAUGUAGUUUCCUUGGCAAUGGAUCCAUCACCCUAGAGCCAUUUGAUGGCAUGCAACGACAAAACCAAAGGCAACAACAACCAAAUGCAACUCGACCGAUAGUCAACAGCUGGUAAGCAAAGCAAACCUCUUUGUUUCUCAUCUGUAAAUGAGUUUCUCAUUGUCCUGUAUUGCAAUCUCCACUCAAAAGGGUGAUAUUCAAGACAACUUUUGCCUCAGGGGACAAAAGAAAAAAAAAAAAAAAAAAGGAGGUCGACUGAGCGAGCCUUUUUCAUUGUAGUUCGUUUUCAGCAGCUAAAAUUUUCAAAAGUGCGCAACAUCCCAAGACAUUUCAUCCCUUUUCAACAAUGAAAGCUUUAACGGCCAUUUUGCCUACUGAGCCCUCAAAACGAUGUCCUUUUUUGCCUAACCAAUCAUCCAACCUCAAUAAAAUGAUUGGCAACUGUGCAUUAUUUAAAUCAUAGGUAAAAACGUCUAAUAAUUUGUAAGAAGUUUCUUUGGUAAAAAUUAAGAGCCAUUUUUUUUUUUUAAUUGAAAGCCAUUUUCUCAGUUUCAAAACCUUUUCAACAAGCAUGCCAAUUCAAACAAUGGAGACCUCUGGGAGAACACCAUCGUCCUAACUGCCAAACUGGAAACAAUCACUGAAGCAAUUUCGCUGUCGGACCAAGGACUACAAUAUCAUUUUCAGAUAUUUUAUGAAUACAUGAUUAAAACGAGGGCAACUUGUUAAUUUUAUAUUCCAAUUGCAGGAUGAACAUCCCUCCAAGGCAACUGCCCUUGCAACAUACCUGAAUUGUGUCGUCAAGUUGUUGGACCAAUGAAACCACACUGCACCAAUGCAGAUGCUGGCACAGGAGAGAGCAGGUUGAAUCUCUUCAAGUGGAGCAACAUGUUGAAAGUGGGAAGAACACAAGCUGAGAAUUUGCUCGAAUUCAGUUUUUGGUGUUUUCAAUAAAGACUUUAAAAAGA